AUGGCGAGAUGCACGGCCAGAGCUAAUAACACAGCUAGGAUUUUGGGCUGGAGGAGCCACUGCAAGGUAAAGGCCGUGGCGGAGACAGAGUGGGGUAGUGUCAGCUCGGGAAACAAGAGCGACUACUACAAGGUGCUGUCGCUGGAGCACUCAGCGGCCGUGGGCACGGAGGAGAUCAAGCGCGCCUUCCGGAGGCUGGCGCUGCGUUACCACCCGGACCUUUGCCCUCCUUCUCGGCGAGCCGAAUCCACGGAGGUCUUCAUCCAGCUGCGGCGCGCCUACGAGACGCUCUCCGACCCGGCGCGGAGGGUGGUUUACGACGCGGAGCUGAGGACGGGCGAGGAAGCGACGACGGCUGCGGCUGGGUUCGCCAGGGACGUGUGGGAGGCGCAGCUGUGCAUGCUGCGAGUGCGCUCCGAGCGUCGCCAGAGGGCGAGAAGCGGCUGCCGGUGCGACUAG